AUGUCCACGUCACGUCCACCCAAUCCCACACAGAUCCCGAACGGCCUCCCCGGCCUCACCACCCACCUCACCGGCCACGAUGCCAGCACGGGCAAAGCCAUCGUCCAAGAAAGUCGCCCGGGCAACUGGUCAGUCUACGACGACAAGCUGAUGGCCUUCAACGUCGUCUACACGACGUCGAAAUUCCCAGCGGACCUCAACAACGACGCCGACAUCAAGGCCCACGACGAGACCAUGGCCAAGGGUAAGCUCGGCCUGGUCAAUUCUCACGGCACGGUGUGUCGCGUCGUCGACUUCGCCCCGGGCUACGAAUGUAUCAUGCACAGAACGCAGAGUCUGGAUUAUGGCAUCGUGCUCGAAGGCGCGAUCGAGCUGGUCCUGGACGGUGGGGAACGGAAGCUCAUGCAGAGGGGGGAUGUUGCGGUGCAGAGGGCCACGAUGCAUGCGUGGAAGAAUACGAGCGAGAGCGAGUGGGCGAGGAUGAUCUUUGUGUUGCAGGACUGCGAGAAGUUGGAGGUUGGCGGGAAGGCGUUGAAGGAGGAUCUGGGUAGAGGUGUCGAUGGGCUGCCUCCGAGUGGUAAUGAUGCUUAG